AUGAAAGAAAAUGAAAAUCGGUUAAAGAAAACAGUUAAGUAUGAAGAGGACGAUGAUGAUUUGGAUGAUGGUGUAGACAAUGACAAAGACGAUGACGAAUUGGAUUUGGAUGAUGAUGAUAUGGAUGAAGAUGAUGAUGUUGACAAUGCCGAUGAUGAAGCUAAUGGAGAUGACGUUGAUGCUGUUGAUGAGAAUGAUGAUAAAGAACAGAAUGAGAUGGUUCCUAAUGAUGAAACAAAAGAUGCAAAGAAACGAAAAGAAUUAUUUGCAUUUUUUGAAUUUAUUAGUGAACCUAAAGCUGAGAAAAACCACAAGAUCCUGCAAGAGAAAAAAUUACGAGAUCAGCUUGUUUCAGUACAUUUUGCUGGUGUGAAAAGCAAAUAUAAACCAAAUAGGAACAAUUUCUCAACUUGCUGA